GAGGAUCUUAAGGAUCCGGUGAUACGGGUCUGAGGCUUCUUCCUGGGGACAAUGUCCCACUUUGGAGCUCUCUCCUUGCUGCGCUGCUUGGCUGUUCACAUUUACGGAUGUUCUGGGUCAUGUCCUAGGUUCUGAAGUUAAGAAAAACAUCAUUCAGGGUCCCUGCAUUCAAGAGCCAGUGUUCUGGCGGGUAGGAGAUGGGCCAGUGGAGAAUAAUCAGGGUGCCUGGGCUCCCUGAGCUGUAAGGGCUGUGGGGCUCCGGCAGCCACUCACCCCCUCUGUGCCAUCUCCUCCUGAACAGUCCUCUGAGGAGUCCGCCCCCAGCUUUCAGGCAAGCUUGUGCCAAAGAUAAACCAGACAGGGAGGAAAAGUCCCUCCUUCCCAAGGAUGAACUAGAUCAGGCACAGGAUUCCAGCUCUUUAAAGAAAAGACGGCCCCUCAAUUGCAGGCAAAUAGCUGACUGCUGAGCACCCCCUCGGCCAUGGACACGCUUCAUCCAUCAUCGGUGUCUACGACCUCAGAACCCGAGAAUGCCUCCUCAGCCUGGCCCCCGGAUGCCACCCUGGGCAACCUGUCGGCAGGUCCAAGCUCGGCAGGGCUGGCUGUCAGUGGCGUUCUCAUCCCGCUGGUCUACCUGGUGGUGUGCGUGGUGGGCCUGCUGGGAAACUCGCUGGUCAUCUAUGUGGUCCUGCGACACACGGCCAGCCCCUCGGUCACCAACGUCUACAUCCUCAACCUGGCACUGGCCGACGAGCUCUUCAUGCUGGGACUGCCCUUCCUGGCUGCCCAGAAUGCCCUGUCCUACUGGCCCUUCGGCUCCCUCAUGUGCCGCCUGGUCAUGGCGGUGGACGGCAUCAACCAGUUCACCAGCAUCUUCUGCCUGACCGUCAUGAGUGUGGAUCGCUACCUGGCCGUGGUGCAUCCCACGCGCUCGGCCCGCUGGCGAACGGCUCCGGUGGCCCGCACGGUCAGCGCGGCCGUGUGGGUGGCCUCGGCCGUGGUGGUGUUGCCCGUGGUGGUCUUCUCGGGAGUGCCCCGUGGUAUGAGCACCUGCCACAUGCAGUGGCCAGAGCCGGCGGCGGCUUGGCGAGCCGGCUUCAUCAUCUAUACGGCCGCGCUGGGCUUCUUCGGGCCACUGCUGGUCAUCUGCCUCUGCUACCUGCUCAUCGUGGUGAAGGUGCGCUCCGCCGGGCGCCGGGUGUGGGUGCCCUCGUGCCAGCGGCGGCGACGCUCCGAGCGCAGAGUCACGCGCAUGGUGGUGGCUGUGGUGGCGCUCUUCGUGCUCUGCUGGAUGCCUUUCUACGUGCUCAACAUCGUCAACGUGGUGUGCCCGCUGCCUGAGGAGCCCGCCUUCUUCGGGCUCUACUUCCUGGUGGUGGCGCUGCCCUAUGCCAACAGUUGUGCCAACCCCAUCCUUUAUGGCUUCCUCUCCUACCGCUUCAAGCAGGGCUUCCGAAGGGUCCUGCUGCGACCCUCCCGCCGCGUGCGCAGCCAGGAGCCCACUGCCGGCCCCCCGGAGAAGACUGAGGAGGAAGAUGAGGAGGAGGAGGAUGGGGAGGGGAGCAGGGAGCGGGGGAAGGGGAAGGAGAUGAACGGCCGGGUCAGCCAGAUCACACAGCCUGGCACUAGUGGGCAGGAGCGGCCGCCCAGCAGAGCGGCCAGCAAGGAGCAGCAGUUCCUUCCCCAAGAGCCCUCCACUGGGGAGAAAUCCAGCACACGGCACACCAGCUAUCUGUAGGGGCCUGGGGAGAGCCAGGGUGGCCCGAGGAGGGGGCAGAAGCUGUGGGUGUGCUUGGGGCAUACUUCUCAAGGUGCCAGAGGCCCACGACGGGAUGUUGAGGGGCCUGGG